AUGUCAGAUAAAUUUAGUAUUAAUGAAAUAUUGAGAUCAAAUUAUAAUACACAAAUUACAUUCACUGAUAUACAUAAAUCGAAUGAAAUAAUAUUACCUAUCACAACAAUUACAUCAUCUAUUUCAACGAAUCAUAAUCAUAAUUAUUCAAUGACAUCAUCAGAUCAUUCAUUGAAUUCAUCGACAUUCAAAGAGUUUCUAAUCGAUUCUAAUGUAAAACAAACAUUGGAAUCAUUAACACAUAAUAAUGAUAAAAAUAUUCAACACAUUUUAAAUUCCGCACAAUUUAAACGAUUUAUCAAUAUAUUAAAAUCAUUUAAAUAUUCAACUAUUAGUAAUCAAUUAUUGAAUGAAAUAAGAACAAAAUAUAUAGAAGAAUAUAAUAUAACAAAUCCUGUAAUUAUGAAAUACUUAACACAUAUAUUUACUAAUAAUCCAAAUGUUAUCUUAAAUGAAUUAUCUAAAGAUAAUAUUAUUGAGCCAAGACGAAUUGGACAUCCUUAUCAGAGUAGAAUACCUAGAAAACGGAAAAAACCAAGAGCAUCAUUCACAAGAUAUCAAGUGACAACACUUGAAAAAAAGUUUCGUCAACAAAAGUACUUGGCAUCAACUGAGAGGAAUGAGCUAGCAAACCUGUUGAAAAUGACUGAUGUACAAGUGAAAACAUGGUUUCAAAAUCGUCGAACGAAAUGGAGGUCAGAUGACAAUCGUAGUAUGGUUCUAAAUGUUUGUUCAUUUAAUAUGUUACAAAAUAUAGUUCAGUUCAAAUAUCGAGACAAACAAAUGAAGAACGUGAAACAGAAUGGAGGGCCACAGGACGUUUUUUAUUAAGUUUACAUUCUCAGCUGAAUUUACUUAAAGAAAACUUACAUAUGAGUAACAGUCAAACAUUUUACUCCACAGUGAGCGGUUAGACAUGUUCAAGAAUAACUAAAAUCAACUGAAAUAUGUAAACUGUUAAGCUGAUAUUCCUUGAAUUGAGUUUUUUUAUCGUUUGGUCAUACACUCAUCUAACCUAUUGACUUUGUACUUUUUAAUUGAGAUAAACGUUUGUACAUCUAUCUAUGGUGUUCAAUCAGAUUGGAUCGCCAAAACGAAUAUUAACAAUUAAUCCCCAUUAAAAGCAUCACUAAUUUAUUA